GUUAAUUAGGUAUUGUGUGGGUGGGUUAGUAAGUAGUUUAUGCGAGGGAUAUUCUUUGUCUCGUUGAGAAUAUGGGAAUAGCAAGGAAAUGUUCAUAUUGUGGUAACUUAGGCCACAAUGCAAGGACUUGUAAAAGCACUCUCAGUCAAGGACAACUAAAGCUCUUCGGAGUGCAACUAGAUGUUUCUUCUUUUUCUUCAUCCUCAAAUUCUUUUUCAUCAUCACCUUCAUAUUCUGCCAUGAAAAGAAGUUUCAGCACGAAUUACUUGUUGUCUUCAUGGCCCUCUUCCUCUGUACCCUCCUCCUUUUCCUCGCCUUCCCUACUUGGUGCAAAUGAAAAUUUAGAUGGUUACUUGCUCAAUGCAAAUAGCCUCAUAUCAACAAUUCAAGACGCAAAAAAAGGUGUCCCGUGGACAGAGGAGGAGCAUCAGAUAUUUCUUAUAGGGCUUGAGAAGCUGGGUAAGGGGAACUGGAGAGGCAUAUCUAGAAGUUUUGUGACAACAAGAACACCCACCCAAGUGGCUAGUCAUGCACAAAAAUAUUAUCUCCGUCAAUCACAGAAUAGCUUCAAUAAAAGAAAGCACCGUCCCAGCCUGUUAGAUAAUUGGCUUUCUCUUCGUCCUCAUUCAGUGCUGAAUUGGGCUACCACUUCAACUUCAACUAAUUGCACUGUUCAGAGAGCGAACCCAGAUUUAGACCUCAAACUUGCAACUCCCACGCCAUUUGAGCUACCAGUAGCAGAUACAUAGAAUGUGUGAUAUUUGACUUCUAGUCAGCAUGCUUUACUUUUUGUGACUUCAAAAUUAUGUAUAUUUUCCUAGCCCUGAAGGUAGUGUUAUCUUUCAAAAAAAGACAGGAAUGAAGAAUGUAGUAUUAUAUAUAUUUAUCUUUAUUUUUUCACUUCAUACGUACUUAAAUAUAUCCGAUUGAAGAGAAUUUGUUA